AUGGAAUUCUCAAUUACUGAAGAAAUGCUAUCACGCGUUUCAAAUUGUGCGACGGCUAGAAACGAUCCGCCGGGUAGUUGCGAUUACAAAUUCGACGGAUCUCGCGAUGCACAUAAGGCUCAGGAAUUCGUAGAAAAAAUUGUUAUCUACAAUAAUUACGAACAAAUCCCUGAUGAAAGAGCCAUCCGCGAGAUGCCUUUGCUAUUGACAGGUGAGGCAACAGUAUGGUGGAAGGGUGUGGAAUCGGAAAUCCACACCUGGACGGACGUUAUCACCAACCUGCAGGAAUCAUUCGCACCCAUACGCCCGGACUACUUAAUUUUUUCGGAAUUAUUCGAGCGUCAGAAGGAGAAAGAGAACGUAGACAAAUUCAUAGCGCAUAAGCGAGCUUUGUUCGCGGAAUUGUCAACGAAGACAGUGGAAAGGACGCAAAUUGACAUGAUCUACGGCCUCUUAACCUUAAAAUUAAGAAAAUGCGUUGAUCGAAGUAGCGUCAACACAUUUAACGAACUACUGACAAGGUGUCGAACGGUGCAGCAGAAUAUACAGGAAGCCACAUCGUUGCAAGAAACUAUAAAGUGUUCGCACUGCAGAAAAUUCGGACACGAAAAAGAAGACUGCAGAAAACUUGUGCAACAAAUGCCUCAGAGAAAACCGCUAAUUGAAAAUCAGCUAAUUUGCAUGUGGCUGCGGAGAAAAGGGUUUUGUGCGAAGUAA